CAAAUUAUACUAUGACGUAAUUAAUUCAUGUUAUUAAACAUUUCAUCGAACAAGAAAGGUGCGAAGUGCAGACCAGUCUUCAAUGGCGAAUUCAUCUUCUUCCCUUCUUCAAGAUCUCAUCAGAUUAUCAGAACCUCUGAAAGAAUCACUCCUCCAAACCCAUUACGCUCCGCCAGAAACCUACGCCACUUUCUCCGUUAAAUCGGAGCUCAUCUCUCUCUUGCCAGACGCAGCAAUCUCCGACGCCGCUCUCCCAAGCAAAAUCAAAGACUUCGCCUUGUUCUGCGCGGCGUUGGCUUCCGCUUCCAAUUCCACCUCCCAACACCUCUCGUGGAUCCCCAGCUCACUCUCAAUUCACGCCGCUUCCGCUUUCGAAGAAUUCUCGAGUGCUUACUACGGUGAUGGUGACGACGAUGACGCGCACGCCAAGUGUUCGACGAAAGGCGUAGCUGAACUGGAGUUGGAUUUGCGUGGUGCGGCAGAUAAUGGAAAGAAGCUCUUGAUCGAGCUCAUACCGGAGAUCUUUCCAUUGCUGAAGGAUAGAAUUAAGGAGAGUGCAAUUGAUGCGAAAGACGAGAAUGAUCGAGUUUCAGCUGCAAGUGCUCGGGCUCCAGUGGCCUCCGCUGUUUUGGCGGCCUAUCAGCUGAGAUGGAUUGUUGAACAGGUGGAUGCUCCAUAUAUAGGGAAGCUUUGCUUGUUGAUGAUCCCGUGUUUGUUGACGGCGCUUGAUCACUGGUCUCCAGAAGUGAAAGGCCAAGGCAUGAUAAGCUUUAUACAUCUUGCGAAAACAGUAAAUGCUGCAGAGAUUGGUGGAUAUGCGGAUGUAGUUCUCGAUGCUUGCUGUCAAAACAUUGCUUCUGAUGAUGAGAUAUGGCAGUAUGUGGUGGAGAUGUCAGUGCUUCUCAUCGCGUUACUUCAGAAGAAUAAUCCUCGUAGUUCAUGGUGUGAGAAGCUGCUGAGUGAGAUGUUAAACCAUUUAGAAAGGCAACCAAGAAAUAAGCAGCGGCGUGUUGUGUGGCUAACACACAGCGAGCCUUUGCUCGACACUCUUGGACUCGUACUGCUAGCCCAUUUUAGACGCCUUUUCCCCCUUUUCUUCAAAUGGAUGCAUGCUGAUGAUGACGAAACUGUUUUAUUGGUUCUUGAACGUUUGACGGCUGUCGUGAGACUUACAUGGAUAAGGAAUUCUCCACACAUAGAAAGGUUGAUUGACGAACUUGUAACUCUAUAUAAGGAUGCAGCAUUGAAAGUAGCUCGUGAAGAUAUUCGAUCACUAACUCUUCAGAUUCUAAAGCUGAUCCAGACGUCGAAAAGACCACAGUUCGAUGCAACCUGGUUGAAGUAUAAAGAUGACCCAAACUUAGCACCUCUCGUGCCAUCCUUAACCUAAAGAGAUCGCCUAUUGGUAUACGCUCGUGCCUUUCACUCCCUUGAGGUAAAAUCAGAAAAAAUACGAUUGGUACGUCUGGAGUUCAAUGAUGACAUGCCCCAUUGGUAUACGCCCUGUGCAUAUGCAGUGGCCUCAAUUCUACGAUGCUGAGAGAAAGGUAAUUUGAGACGCCAAUGCCACAGACUUUAGGCACAUUACGAUGGCUGCUGCACCCUCAUUAGGCUUUUGCUGGUACGCAAGUGAAAGGCUCGUUGCUACUUUACCGAGUGUGAAAAGGACCAGACGAUCUUGAUGCAUAUUCGGACUCUGCAGGCCCUUUGAAGAUGAAAAAGAAGUUUCUUCCGCAAGGAGAGCUUUUUAUUUUCUUUUUGGUUUUGGUGUUUCUACCAUUUCAAGAACCAACUUUUGCAAAUCGCAAUACAACUUUUGUUGAAGAUAUUCUUUUCAUAAUAUAUUUGGGUUUCAAUA